CAGCUCGAUGACAUGCGUAGCAACCGCCAGGUUUCUCAAUUACAUUUUAGACUAAAAUCACAUUUUCUUUGACACAUUUAUACAUGUUCAUACAUGUAUUCCCAUCUAUUUCAGAGUGUCAAAUCAUAAGUCAUAAAACAAACGAAAUGUUCUUGAACAUUCAUUCAUUCUUGAACUCCUUUCAGUAGUAUCCCAUGAUGCAUCGCCUUAUUUUGUUGUAGCUGAGGGUGAUAAGAAGACUGACACAGCCCAUCCAUCCUGUUUCUGCCGACAGAAGAGGAGCGUUUGGCGUCAUCAACGAUAACAAUGCCUAACAUGGCAGAACGGAUUUAGCCACUGUAGCAAUUACGACAAGAAUUGACAUAUUAGAGAGUAUUCGACGAUAUUAUCAUAUUUCUUUAGGGUAGGUAUCACGGUCUCUAGGACUGGUGUUUGUCUGCUGCAUUGUCUGCCAUGGCAUCCCACAAUGGUACCCUGGAGAAUCAGCUGCACAGCGCCCAGAAGAACCUGCUCUUCCUCCAGCAGGACCAUGCCAAAACACUGAAAGGUCUACAUGCAGAGAUCCGCAGACUACAACAGCACUGCACAGACUUGACCUAUGAGCUAACAGUGAGAAGUUCAGAUCCAACAGACAGCAGUGAGGCACGCUGCAGGGAACUGCACAGUAAGUGCGAGGAGCUGGAGGCUCAGCUGAAGGUGAAGGAGGAGGAGAACACGGAGCUGCUGAGAGACCUGGAGCAGAAGAACGCCAUGAUCUCUGUCCUGGAGAACACCAUCAAGGAGAGGGAGAAGAAGUACCUGGAGGAGCUGAAGAUGAAGAGCCACAAGCUGGCUGUCCUGUCUGGGGAGCUAGAGCAGAGAGCCAGCACCAUAGCCUACCUCACCUCUCAGCUCCACACCACCAAGAAAAAGCUCCUGGCAGGCAGUUCCUCUGAGGCCAGUCCCAACGUCAGCCCUGUGAGCUCCUACAAGCCCACCCCUCCCCCAGCUAAAGACCGGCAGCCUGGCCCUGAGACCCCUCGCCGCCGCAUGAAGAAGAGCCUGUCUCAGCCGCUGCACUCUGAGUUAACCGAGGUAUACCGGCUGGGUUCUGAUGGGAGGAGGAUGGUCCUACGGGAGGCGGUGGAUGCCAUGCCUGACCCCACCCCCUUCCUGCAGGCAUCUCGAGACACCCAUGAUCUGCAGAUGGUACGAGACCGGCCUGCCGUCAUCCCCCCCAUCGCCUGUGACCGCUCGUCCAGCCCCCGCCACAGCCCGGCACGGGACCGCCAGCACCAUGCACACGUGGGCGUUGCACACCGUACCCACCAUUGCACCCCUCCCGUGGUUUCUCCUCAGCCAGAGCUGGAGAUCCUGGCUGUGGACCAGGUCAAUGGGGGCAAGGUGGUGAGGAAGCGCUCUGGGGCAGACAGAACAGUUUAACACACUCACACACAAGAGCAAGAAGGAGCAUCACUUACUGUAUAAAUCACCUGCUUUUUAUGCAACACUGCAAUGAGCAUAGAAAGUAAAAUGGAAAACAGACAAAAAUACCACCAUGCCAAAUGUUUUGAAACACGUGACUUUCACGUCCUGUCCUUUUUUUGCUUUGUCUCAACUCACUCUGUCAUACAUUGUGCACAUAAACUUAUCCGCCAAACAUCUGCAUUAUUGCCUGCUUACCUGGUGAAUCCAUACACAUAUUAUCAUUGUUACUACCAGGGGUGAAAGUAUAUUUCACCAGUGCGGGACUACAGAAAUGACAGUAGUCUACUUUGCUGACACGGACAAACGGAUCAAUAAAAACAAAUGUUGUCUGAUCCAUAUAAUUGGCCUACGAAAAGGGGAGACACAAAUACAAUAUGACGACCAUCUAACCUAGAGGAGGAAGUUAUUGUCCAAAAAAACAAACAAAAGUGGCACUGACCCAAUGACAAAGACAGUGAAUAUGCGCACUGACCCAAUGACAAAGACAGUGAAUAUGCACACUCCAGGGAUAUGGCCGAUGUUCUCCGCUACUGCCAAUAUGAUAUGCUACUGUUCCCACAAUUCGGUUAAGAAUUUUGAUAACUAAAAGACAGAUUGACAAUAUUUUCAUUGUCAUCUCUAAAGUAAUAGCCAACAGUUUUUUUGUGAUUGUACUUUUAAUUGUGAUAUGCCUGGCUGGGUCUGUCCUUUUCAAUGACAGUCACAACUCAACAAUCAUCAACAUUGUAUAUACACAGUUGAAGUCUAACGUUUACAUACACCUUAGCCAAAUACAUUAAACUCAGUUUUUCACAAUUCCUGACAUUUAAUCCUAGAAAUAAAAAAAAUCCCUGUUUUAGGUCAGUUAGGAUGACCACUUUAUUUUAAGAAUGUGAAAUGUCAGAAUAAUAGUUUAUUUAUUUCAGCUUUUAUUUCUUUCAUCAUAUUCCCAGUGGGUCAGAAGUUUACAUACACUCAAUUCGUAUUUGGUAGCAUUGCCUUUAAAUUGUUUAACUUGGAUCAAAUGUUUCGGGUAGCCUUCCACAAGCUUCCCACAAUAAGUUGGCCCAUUCCUCCUGACAGAGCUGAUGUAACUGAGUCAGGUUGUAGGCCUCCUUGCUCGCACACACUUUUUCAGUUCUGCCCACAAAUUGUCUAUAGGAUUAAGUUCAGGGCUUUGUGAUGGCCACUCCAAUACCUUGACAUUGUUAUCUUUACGCCACUUUGCCACAACUUUGGAAGUAUGCUUAGGGUCAUUGUCCAUUUGGAAGACCAAUUGAACUUCCUGACUGAUGUCUUGAGAUGUUGCUUCAAUAUAUCCACAUGAUUUUCCAUCCUCAUGAUGCCAUCUAUUUUGCAAAGUGCACCAGUCCCUCCUGCAGCAAAGUACCAACACAACAUGAUGCUGCCGCCCCGUACUUCGCAGUUGGGAUGUUGUUCUUCGGCUUGCAAGCAAACAUAACGAUGGUCAUUCUGGCCAAACAGUUCUAUUUUUGUUUCAUCAGACCAGAGGACAUUUCUCCAAAAAGUACGAUCUUUGUCCCCAUGUGCAGUUGCAAACUGUAGUCUUGCUUUUUUUAUGGUGGUUUUGAAGCGGUGGCUUCUUCCCUGCUGAGUGGCCUUUCAGGUUAUGUUUUACUGUGGAUAUAGAUACUUUUGUACCUGUUUCCUCCAGCAUCUUCACAAGAUUCUUUGCUGUUGUUCUGGGAUUGAUUUGCACUUUUCGCACCAAAGUAUGUUCAUCUCUAGGAGACGCAACACGUCUCCUUGCUGAGCGGUUUGACGGCUAUGUGGUUCCAUGGUGUUUAUACUUGCGUACUAUUGUUUGUACAAAUGAACGUGGUACCUUCAGGCAUUUGGAAAUUGCUCCCAAGGAUGAACCAGCCUUUUCUGAGGUCUUGGCUGAUUUCUUUUGAUUUUCCCAUGAUAAAAGAGGCACUGAGUUUGAAGGUAGGCCUUGAAAUACAUCCACAGGUACACCUCCAAUUGACUCAAAUUAUGUCAAUUAGCCUAUCAGAAGCUUCUAAAGCCAUGACAAUUUUCUGGAAUUUUCCAAGCUGUUUAAAGACAGUCAACUUUAUGUAAACUUCUGACCCACUGGAAUUGUGAUACAAUGAAAUAAUCUGUCUGUAAACAAUUGUUGGAAAAAUUACUUGUCAUGCACAAAGUGAUGUCCUAAGCGACUUGCCAUAUAUAUAUAUCACACACACACAAAAGUAUGUGGACACCACUUCAAAUGAGUGGAUUCUGCCAUUUCAGCCACACCCAUUGCUGACAGGUGUAUAAAAUCAGGCACAAAGCCAAAGGAUCUCCAUAGAGAAACAUUGGCACUCGAAUGGCCUUACUGAAGAGUUCAGUGACUUUCAAUGUGGCACCGUCAUAGGAUGCCACCUUUCCAACAAGUUAGUUUGUCAAAUUUCUAGAGCUGCCCUGGUCAACUGUGAGUGCUGUUAUUGUGAAGUGGAAACGUCUAGGAGCAACAACGGCUCAGCUCAGCCACACAAGUUCACAGAACGGUACUGAGGAGUGCUGCAGCGCAUAAAAAUCCUCUUCCCUAGGUUGCAACACUCACUACAGAGUUCCACACUGCCUCUGGAAGCAACGUUAGAACUGUUCGUCGGGAGUUUCAUUGAAAUGCGUUUCCAUGGCCAAGCAGCCACACAUGAGCCUAAGAUCACCAUGCGCAAUGCCAAGCAUCGGCUGGAGUGGUGUAAAGCUCGCCGCCAUUGGACUCUGGAGCAGUGGAAACGCGUUCUCAAGAGAAUGAAUCACGCUUCACCAUCUGGCAUGUCCGACAGACUAAUCUGGCAGAUGCCAGGAGAAUGCUACCUGUCCCAAUGCAUAGUGCCAACUGUAAAGUUUGGUGGAGGAGGAAUAAUGGUCCGGGGCUGUUUUUCAUGGUUCGGGCUAGGCCCCUCAGUUCUCGUGAAGGGGAACAUUAACACUACAGCAUACAAUGACAUUGUAGACGAUUCUGUGCUUCCAACUUUGUGGCUACAGGUUGGGGAAGGCCCUUUCCAGUUUCAGCAUGACAAUGCCCCCAUGCACUAAGCGAGAUCCAUACAGAAAGGGUUUGUUGAGAUCGGUGUGGCAGAACUUGACUGGCCUGUAUAAAGCCCUGACCUCAUCCCCAUCGAACACCUUUGGGAUGAAGCCCAAGAUCAGUGCCCGACCUCACUAAUGCUCUUGUGGGUGAAUGUUCCAACAUCAAGUGGAAAGCUUUCCCAGAAGAGUGGAGGCUGUUAUAGCAGCAAAGGGGGGACCAACUCCAAAUAAUGCCAAUGAUUUUGGAAUGAGAUGUUUGAUAUGUAAGUGUCCACAUAUGUUGUGUAUUUGAUAUUUGCUGCGUGCGCUGUCCAAAUUGCGGGCACUUCCGACUGUAGCCUAGGCGAUUACAUUUUUUUUUUUAAGAAGCUAAUGAUCCUCUAUUGCCAAGUCAUGCUUUUUGUUGUAGACUUUUGAAUUAUUUAUUUAGGUAUAGACAGGAGUAAGCUAAUUAGGAUAUUAUUUUGGCAAUUCAAUGUACUUUAGGGAAAGCUUCCCCUUCCCCUUAUGUUUUUAUUGUGGAAUAAACAACAGCAGUCAUUGUGUUUUCAUCUGAUUGUCAAUCAGUCACUCAACAAAGGCGCUCCUGUAGGCUACUCGCGGACAUUCGUCCACUCACAAAAUAAUUUCAACAUCCAAAACCCAACAGUGACCCACUGGAAUUGCACCCACAAUUUGAUGAAUGGAAAGAGACAUCUGUUACAAACCCCCUACGUGUAUUGUAAUGACAUUCUACGAUUGUCAUUAGGCCUAGAUUUGUGGUAUGAAUUGAUUAAUCAACUGCGAGCCUUGGGUUUCGGCCACUCAACCUUGCCUUGUCCACGAUCGUUUCCGCCACCCAGCUCCCCGCCUUGAUAAAAUGUAAGUGUUCUCCUCAAACCACAACGCAAUUUAGCCAGGAUGCUGUAUGGGACAGAUACCCCCUUACUUUCACCCCUGGUUACUACUACAGUUAAGUUAUCCAUCCAUACUUCAUCUGGUCAGCAAUAUUGUCCAGUCAUGUCAACAAGCUACUGUAUAUAAAGUACAUGCUAUAGAAGUUAACUAAUACUCCCUGAAUGUUUUUUCAUCUUAUUGUGAAGUCAUGUCACUAUAUGGACAAACAGCUAAGAAUCACACAAAUGAAUUGGUAAUUGGAAAGUUCUUAAUGCUGUUUAAGAAUUGGUCAAAUUGGGCAGUGUGUGUGUUCUUUAUGUGGAAGCAAGAGUGAGGUGUGUGUGUCAUGUAUGUGACACAAAUGGCAAUGUCAUAGCUUUCACUAAGACAUUGUAGACACGCAACUUUGAUAUCUGUAAAUAUGUCAUGGAUUUAUUUAUUGGUUGUUUUACUUUUAAUAUAGAAAAAUGCAUCAAGUAUCAAAAUAAUGGCAUUAUAUAAUCACUUAUAAUCCUUGAAUACUAUAUAUAUGACAAUAUAAUAAAGUGGUCCUUUUUCUUA